AGCCGCGCUAGGUGACCAGAGAGGUGAUUCCCGCCGGGGGCGACGGCCGGGCGCCCACUGCCUACACCAGCCAUCCUAGUUGGCAUGAAGGAGUCUGUUGGUGGUGCAAAAAUGGUUAAUGCACUUGGCUGCUAACCAAAAGGUUGGAGGUUUGAGUCUACCCAGUGGCACAUCAGAAGAAAGGCCUGGUGAUCUACUUCCAAAAAAUCAACCAUUGAAAACCCUGUGGAGCACAGUUCUACUUUGACACGCAUGGGGUCACCAUGAGUUGGAAUUGACUCCAUGCCAACUGCUUAUCAACAGAUUAAUAUUAAAAUUGGAAGUUUUUAUCUUUUGCUGGAUUUUGGAAGUUGAAUGUAAUGGCAACAGAAUUUAUCAAGAGUUGCUGUAGCGGAUGUUUCUAUGGUGAAACAGAAAAGCACAACCUUUCCGUGGCAAGAGACUUUAAAGCAGCAGGCUCAAGUAGUCAGAAUACCGCCGUCUGUAUACCUCCACUGAUGUCUGUAAAGCCUCAGGUUGGCUGCACUGAGGAUUAUUUACUUUCAAAAUUACCAUCUGAUGGCAGAGAAGUACCAUUUGUGGUGCCUAGGUUUAAGUUGUCUUAUAUUCAGCCCAGGACACAAGCAACUCCUUCACACCUGGAGGAACUUGAAGGCUCUGCCAGAGCAUCUUUUGGAGAUCGAAAGGUAGAACUUUCCAGUUCAUCCCAGCAGGGAGCCAGCUAUGACGUAUACAACCCGUUCUAUAUGUAUCGACACAUGUCACCUGAUCUGUGUCGACGCUUUCCUCCUCACUCAGAAGCAGUAAGACUGUACGGAUCGGUUUCUGAUUUAAGGACCCAUAAACUUCCUGGUUCCCCUGGGCUAAGCAAAUCUAUGUUUGAUCUUACAAGUUCAUCCUGGCGAUUCAUCCAGAGACAUGAUUCAUUGUCCAGUGUACCCAGUAGUUCUUCUUCAAGGAAAAAUUCUCAGGGGAGUAACAGAAGCCUGGAUACAAUUACUCUAUCAGGAGAUGAAAGAGAGUUUGGGAGAUUGGAUGUGAAAGUGUUUUAUAAUUCUGCAGUGGAGCAGGUCUGGAUCACAGUUUUACAGUGCAAAGACUUAAGUUGGCCCUCCAGUUAUGGAGACACUCCUACCAUUUCUAUAAAAGGAAUAUUAACUUUGCCCAAGCCAGUGCAUUUCAAGUCCUCAGCUAAAGAAGCCUCCAGUGCUAUUGAAUUUAUGGAAACUUUUGUAUUUACUAUUAAACUCCAAAGUCUACAAACGGUGAGGCUUGUGUUUAAGAUUCAAACUCAGACUCCGAGGAAGAAAACCAUUGGCAAAUGCUCACUGUCACUCAGAACUCUUAACACACAGGAAAUGGAUUAUUCUUUGGAUAUAACACCACCUUCAAAAAUUUCUGUUUGCCAUGCAGAGCUUGAAUUAGGGACUUGUUUUCAAGCAGUAAAUAGCAGAAUUCAGUUACAAAUUCUUGAAGCACAGUACCUUCCAAGCUCAUCAACACCUCUGACUUUGAGUUUUUUUGUAAAGGUGGCAAUGUUUAGCUCAGGAGACUUGAUUUAUAAGAAGAAGACACGUUUACUGAAGGCCUCCGGUGGAAGAGUAAAGUGGGGAGAGACUAUGAUUUUUCCACUUACACAGACUGAAAAAGAAAUCAUUUUUCUUAUUAAGCUUUAUAGUCGAAGCUCUGUAAGAAGAAAACAUUUUGUGGGCCAGAUUUGGAUAAGUGAAGACAGUAAUAAUAUUGAUGCAGCAAACCAGUGGAAAGAGACAAUUACAAAUCCAGAAAAAGUUGUUAUCAAGUGGCACAAAUUAAAUCCAUCUUGAAGAUUUCACACGUUAAUUUGGUGAAGCACUUGACAUUUAUUUUAGAAGGCUUAUCUCAAAUUGCUACCAAUGAAGAGACAAAUCGCUGCCUUUGUUGAUAUAAUUAUGGAGGCCAUAAUUAUAGUACAUAAUGGAUCUGAUCAAAAAAAUUAAACUUGAUGGAAAAUGUAAUUUUUUUUUUAAUUCAAAGUGAAGGAAAUGUUUUAAACCCGUGCCCAGUAGAUAAUAAAAUACACCAUCACUAUGGCAACUAAAUAAAUUAUAAAAUCAACAAGAAUAACAACCAGAGAUAAUUAUUGCUAUAUUAUGUUUUGGGUUUUUUGAAGCUUUACCUAGAUAUUCAAAACCUAGUGUAUCAAGUUUCUGUUAGUACUACUAGGCAUUUAGAAGAUUUUUACCACUGACUAAGCCUUAUUGAUAAGAUCUUGGCUCUACUGUUCACCUCUUGCUAAAUAUUUUCUUUCAGAAGGUAAAAAUGAACUGAACCUUUUCAGUCUAUUUUGUAUUGGGGAAAAUUUGUGCCCUGUGUUUUCUAAUUUACCAAAUAUUUGCAUUGCCACCUUGUGAGCUAUUUAUCUGCAAAAAACAAAUACACCAUUUCCUUCAAAAAUAGGAAACUAUGUUUCGGCAAGAAUAAGUUACAAUACCAGAAGGUUGAAGUUUAAUUGGAAACCUAGAUCACACACAUUGCUUCUUCUCUCGAAUAUUUUACUCUGUUUUAUUUGGAGUUGAAAUAAGAUUAUUAUCCAUAUGGUUAUCCUAAUUAGCAGAAUGAAAUGAGCCUAGAUAGUAAAUUCAAUAUUUUAUGGUAAUCACUUCCUUGUUUUUCUUUUGUAAUAUAAAUUACUUGUUUUAUAAUCCACAAUGUUAGAGUAUUUUCUCAUGUUUUUUCAUAACCGUACCUGAUAGUACUAUGUAGCAGAUAAAUAUUUUGUAUUGCCGUUUUCUUUCAGAUACUCUUUGGAACUCAAUAUGUGGGAAUAGUUGGUCAUAUGAGCUAUUAUUGCCAAAAAGAACAGCUUUUUGAAGAAGCAGCACCAUUCACAAUCUUGGAAAAUUUGAUGUUAUUUUUGCUAACGAUUGGACUAAAUACCCUAUAUUCACAGUCCUCCAUUUUUCUUUCUUUCUUGGCACACUUGCUAAGAGAUAGAUGAUGAUAUUUUAGGCCAAAAAUAUACCCUGCUGUAGAGUUGAAAUUGACUCAAUGGCAACGGGUUUUGUUUUUUAUUUUUUUUUAAUAGAUUAUGCAGGAGCCCUGGUGGUGUAGUGGUUAAAGCACUCAGCUGCUAACUGAAAGGUCAGCGGUGCAAACCCACCAGCUGCUCCCUGGGAGAAAGAUGUGGCAGUCUACCUCUGUAAAGAUUAUAGCCUUGGGAACCCUGUGGGGCAGUUCUACUCUCUCCUAUUAAAAAAAAACAAAAAACCAUCACCAUCAAGUCGAUUCCGAUUCAUAGCGACCCUAUAGGACAGAGUAGAACUGCCCCAUAGGGUUUCCAAGGAGCGGCUGGUGGAUUUGAACUGCCAACUAUUCUAUUGGCAGCCAAACACUUUACCACUGCGCUACCAGGGCUGUAAGUCAGGCUCGACUCCACGGCACACGACAACAAAGAGCUUAAGCGUCCCAUCCCCUCUUUUUUCCAUUUCCUGUGUUUUAUAUAUCUCAUUAAAAUUUUUCAAAAUAAAUACUUAAUUCCACUUUUCCUAGCACUACCUCCUCAAACUACAGAAUGUGCAUAUUUUACGUUCGCUUCUACUAGGAACCCUGGUGGAGCAGUGGUUAAUAUUCUUGGUUGCUAACCAAAAGGUCAGCGGUUCAAACCCACCAAGCUGUUCCAUGGGAGAAAGAUGUGGCAGUCUGCUUCUGUAAAGAUUUGUAGCCUUGGACACCCUGUGGGGCAGCUCUAUUCUGUCCUGUAGGGUCACUAUGAGCUGGAAUCAACUCGACGGCAGUGGGUUUGGUUUGGUUGCUUCUACUACUUAGAUUUUAUAGUAGAGUUGGCAGAUACUCACUGCCACUGUAUGUUUUGAAAUACUUUUCAAAAAGUAGUGAAAAUUGGCACUCACGUGGAUUUUUAAGAUGUCGUCUUCAAUGGUAGUAUUUGAAACUUUGACACAAUGCGACUAUUAUAGCUACCAAAAAUGCUAAUGUAUUGCCUUUUAGUUAUUAAAGAACAGGCUGUGUUGUUUUAAAAAAAAGCCUAGAAUUAUAUUUUAGCAGUUUUCUGUUCUAUUAAUGCUUUCAGCUCUUACAUUCUAAUAUAUGUAUUCAUGUAUAUAACUCAAUUUUUAAUUAUUUUAUUUUCAAUAUUUUUACAAUAUGGGUAUAUGUGUAAUUUGUGGGAAAAGCUAUGGCUUCUUAGCGUCUCAUAUGUCUUUGAAUCCUAAGUAAAUAAAACAAUAAAAAGAAAACCUUUUCAUUUAAAAGACUUUUCAGAUAGAAAGAUACGGAACACAACUAAGAUCCCAAAUGUUUUCUUCAGUUUUUACUUAAGUCUUCUUCAGAUGAAGAAAUAUAAGAUACAGCUGACAUUCUGGUUCUUUCCUUGAAGCAUUAUAUGGAAAUAUAAAAAGAAACACAAUUUUCUGUUAGUAGCUACAAAUAUGAGAAAAACAUUAGGAGCUGUUAAUCAAAAAUAAGAUACUAUCCACAAAUCAUUUUUCUUUGUAUUUGUUUAGGCAUUUCUUGUCCUUUACCUGCUGUAACAAGAAGAAGGGAACCAAAAUGAUGCUGGAUAACCAGAGAAACCCAUAGAGAGCUCAAGUUGAUAGGUGAUAAUUUGCACAGUACUAAUCCCUGAAGUAUAUUUAUUUAUAAACUUUCAGAUUAACACAGUUAAAUAGCUGUAGCCCAUAUCAAGACUACCAGCUCCAUUUGGCUUUCAUUUAGCUUUACAUAAUUUUUUUUUUUAGUAGAACUCCUAGAGAAAUGACCAUUGAAGUAUAUCAGUUCCAGUCUUUAUCAGGGUUUUAAGAAGGAGCCAGUGGGAUUUUGAACAUAUGCUAUGCAAUUGUGGUCUUAAAAUAGUAUAAACUGGCUUAUCUAUGAUACUAAUGUACUCAAGAGCCAGGUGGAAACUGUAUUUUCCAGCAGUUAUUUCCACUGUUUAUUUAAUCAAAUAUUUGCUUUUUUAUGAAGCAUUUCAGAAAUUUGCAAUGUCGUCAACGGUAACAUGUAUUUUAAAAAAUAUAUUUCCUAUUGACACUGGGUAGGAUAUGCCAACGGAAGUACCUUUUUAACUGUCUGCAUCUAUGAUAGUUAUGAAGACACUUUAUAAUGUUUUCUAAUGAAUAAGCUAUAAUCCUUGUUCAAAAUAAAUUUCUAAUGCUUACAUUUUUGGCUGAAAUAUUAAGUGUUGGGGAAAAUUACUGUCUUAAUCAUCUAGUGCUGCUAUAACAGGGAUACCUCAAGUGGAUAGCUUUACCAAAGAGAAAUUUAUUUUCUUACAGUCUAGUAAGUUACAAGUCCAAAUUCAGGGCAUCAGCUCCAGGGGAAGGCUUUCUCUGUCGGUUCUGGAGGAGUGUCCUUGUCCUCAAUCUUCCCCUGGUUGAGGAGUUUCUCAGGCACAGGGACCCCAUGUCCAAAGGGCGCACUCUGCUCCUGGUGCUGCUUUCUUGGUGGUAUGAGGUCCCCCACUCUCUGCUUGCUUCCCUUUCCUUCAGUCUCUUGAGAGAUAAAAGG